UAUUUUGGCAACAAUUUUUCAAUCGCGACAAAGCGCCUCUUCUAUGGUUUCCGUGGAUACACGUGAACACACUAUAGUAUCUGUAGUACUUUCUCAUAAUCACGCAUGAUCGAACGAGAGGAAACAGUCAACUCCGACACGUCGUCGAAACUCACGGCCACGAUACUUCCAACGACACGAAACGUCGUCCACUAUAUAUGUAAUUAUAUGGCGGCAGCAACUGAGAAUUGUAUUAGUCAAAGGAAAACGGAGAAGGAAAAAGAUAUAAAGAAGAAAAGAAGACGAAAGAACAAGUGUAGAAACCUAAGCAUUGUUAACAAUGGUAUACGCAACUCAGGGACAGUUGUAUCAAUAUCAAUAUCUGAGAAGAAUAACGUGGGCCAACGACCAGCCGUUUCCCGCAAGAUAAAAGCGCGUUAGGCCAAGAGAUACGCCAUGAAUUCAUCCUGCCGAAGACGAGUGGGUGUGUUCUACCGGAAAUACAACACCGGAACCGCGGCAAAUUACAGCGCUAACUCAACGCUCCUUCAAUGUUACAAUUACAAAAUUACUAUUUCGAAAAUAAAUGUUUAGCGAAAGAUUACAUUUGCAUUCUACGUGACACGCCAAACUCGUUGUUGUCGCGUCGUAUUACGGCGAAAAAUACUAAUCGUAAGAAUCGUACGUGAUGAGACGCAAAACAGUACGAAAAUACAUAUAAGGACGAACGAUAUGCAGCAGAUAUCUGUGUAUCGUGUGAAAAAUACGCGCGCGCAUGCUAUCUUUAUUUAUACGAUAAAUUCUUUUAUCGAUAUAAUAAAAGUAGCGUAUAAAUAUAAGAAACAAUGAUUCGACCGUGGAAAUUUCAUAUACAUACGAUAUAAAAAAGACGUGUUCUUGUGUGUCAAACUUGCAUAAAGAGUUGUGAACGAUCCAAAUAAAGAGACGAAUAAAAACAUUGAUAUAGGAAUAUCAAAAUGAUUCAUAA